UACGGGAGGGAUCAAAGGACAGUAGUGAAUAAAUGAACGGGGAAAAGAGCCAUUCAGUUGUUACUAAUUUUAAGAGCUAUUCAGAUCCCACAAAGGGCUCAGAGUUUGGAGUUUUGCCUUCCAUGACUGCAGCAGGACCAUGUAUUUAACCUCGAAAAUGGGAAGAAGUGGUUCUGCUUUACUCGGUCGAUGAUAAUACAUCAACCAAUCACUGCAGUUUCCUCGUGCAUCCGCCCGCAGUCACAGGGUGUUUCCUGCUGAACCUGAGUGUCUCCUCCUAGCCACAUCAGCCCCUCAAAAUCUUUCCUUCUGAGCCUUUCCCAGAAAUAGGUUCUUGGUGGAAGCUGUAAAACACCAGCUCCUCCAAGCAGAACAACUCCAGAGGCCAAUGCACUUGGCAGCAAUGCGGGUCCUCCUCCAUCUCCCAGCCCUUUUAGCUUCCCUGACCUUGCUCCAGGCUGCAGCGUCGGCAGCAAAUGCACCACCCACCACGACUGCUGCCAUCUCCGACGCUGUGAGUCAGGUCAAGGUCCAAGUCAACAAGGCCUUCCUGGAAUCCCGGACCAGGCUGAAGACGGCCAUGAGCUCUGAGGAGCCCACCACGCGACAGCUCUCGGAAUACUUCAAGCAUGCCCGAGGCCGGGCGCGCACAGCCAUCCGCAAUGGGCAGGUGUGGGAGGAGUCCUUAAAGAGACUGAGGCAGAAAGUGGCCUUGACCAAUGUCACAGACCCCAGUCUGGACUUGACUGCACUGUCUUCGGAGGUGGGUUGCGAUGCCCCUGUUGCUGUGGUGAAAUGUGACGAGGACAGUCCUUACCGAACCAUUACAGGAGACUGUAAUAACAGGAGGAACCCCGCCCUGGGCGCCGCCAACAGGGCGCUGGCGCGCUGGCUGCCCGCCGAGUACGAGGACCGGCUCUCCCUGCCCUUCGGCUGGACGCCGGGGAGGACGCGGAACGGCUUCCCCGUCCCGCUGGCCCGCGAGGUAUCCAACCAGAUCCUAGACUACCUGAAUGAGGAGGGUGUUCUGGACCAAAACAGGUCCUUGCUCUUCAUGCAGUGGGGUCAAAUUGUGGACCAUGACCUGGACUUUGCCCCCGACACCGAGCUGGGGAGCAGCGAGUACUCCAAAGCACAGUGUGACAAGUACUGUCUCCAGGGAGACAACUGCUUCCCCAUCAUGUUCCCUCCCAAUGACCCUAAGUUGAGGACUCAAGGCAAGUGCAUGCCUUUCUUCCGAGCUGGGUUCGUCUGCCCCUCUCCACCUUACCGGUCCCUGGCUCGAGAUCAGAUCAACGCUCUGACCUCCUUCCUGGAUGCCAGCUUCGUAUACGGCCCCGAGCCCAGCCUGGCCAGCCGCCUUCGCAACCUCAGCAGCCCACUGGGCCUCAUGGCUGUGAACCAGGAGGUCUAUGACCACGGGCUGGCUUACCUGCCCUUUGACAUCAAGAAGCCAAGCCCCUGUGAGUUCAUCAACACCACCGCCCUAGUGCCCUGUUUCCUGGCAGGAGAUUCCCGAGCCUCUGAGCAGAUCUUGCUGGCCACUUCCCACACCCUCUUUCUCCGAGAGCACAACCGGCUGGCCAGAGAGCUAAAGAGACUCAACCCUCAGUGGGAUGGAGAGAAGCUCUACCAGGAAGCCCGGAAGAUCCUGGGAGCCUUCGUGCAGAUUAUCACCUUUAGGGACUACCUACCCAUUGUGCUCGGUGAUGACAUGCAGAAAUGGAUCCCUCCGUACCAAGGCUACGACAAAUCUGCCGACCCCCGAAUUUCCAACGUCUUCACCUUUGCCUUCCGCUUUGGCCACUUGGAGGUCCCCUCCACUGUGUCCCGCCUGGAUGAGAACUAUCAGCCGUGGGGUCCAGAGGCAGAGCUCCCUCUGCACACCCUCUUCUUCAACACCUGGAGGAUAGUCAAAGACGGUGGAAUUGACCCUCUGGUGCGGGGCCUGCUGGCCAAGAAGUCCAAGCUGCUCAAUCAGAAUAAAAUGAUGACAAGAGAGCUGCGCAACAAGCUUUUCCAGCCCACUCACAAGAUCCACGGCUUUGACCUGGCCGCCAUCAACGUUCAGCGCUGCCGGGACCACGGGAUGCCUGGGUACAACGCCUGGAGAGGCUUCUGUGACCUCCCGCAGCCCCAGACCCUGAAGGAGCUGAAUGCUGUGCUGAAGAACAGAAGGCUGGCUAAGAAGUUACUGGAUCUCUACGGGACCCCUGACAACAUCGACAUCUGGGUUGGGGGCGUUGCUGAGCCCCUGGUAGAGAGGGGCCGGGUGGGGUCUCUCCUGGCCUGCCUCCUGGGGAAGCAGUUCCAGCAGAUCCGUGACGGAGACAGAUUCUGGUGGGAGAGCCCUGGGGUCUUCACUGAGAAGCAGCGGGACUCUCUACAGAAAAUGUCCUUCUCACGCCUCGUCUGUGACAACACCCACAUCACCAAGGUCCCACGGGACCCAUUCCAGGCUAACAGCUACCCCCAAGACUUUGUGGAUUGCUCAGCCAUUGACAAGCUGGACCUUUCACCCUGGGCCCCCGUGGAGAAUUAGGGGUCCAGACUUCCCAGCCUCCCACAUUGUGCAGUAGCUCUCCCUUUGGUCCUUGAUGCCAUUCAGCUCUGCACCCCAUCCCCGCCCUUCUUUUCAGCUGGGUUUCUCUUUACUCGCCAGAUGCACACCUCGCUCAAGCCCAAGGCCAGCACCUCAGCCUUCCCAGCUCCUCCACCUGAACCCCGCUGCUCCCACGCCAUGCCCUCUGUCCGUGGGAUGUCGCCCAUCCUCUCCCUGCAACAUGUCUUGUCUGAGGCCAUUGUCAUUGUGCUCUUAUCUUUCCACCUCUCCUUUCAAACUAGACUGUAAGCUCCUCGAGCCAGAGACUUCAGUCUGCUUCCGAGUGUCCCCCGUGCCACCCAGCAUGACACUCAGCACAGAGCAAGUGCUCAAUAAACAUCUGAUGAUUG